AGAUGUUUUGGUUGGAAAUUCUUAAUGCUUUUUGAUACAUUCUCGCCCAGUUUCGGGGCAUUAAAUUGAACGAAAUUGGACCAAAGCUCUUGAGCUGUGGAGGCUUAGGCAUGUAAAAUCCCGAUCCGUGUUUGCUUGGAACGAAAGAGCUCUUGAAUAGCCGAGAGUGGCUGACAUUUUCACGUGUCUGGCACCUUGAAACAUCUUUUGAAAACUUGUAAACAUCACCCCACGGAGUUGGCUCUCGAGGCAAUAUUAGAGCUUUCUACAGCUGAGAUCGCUUGUAUAUCCCUCAAUCACAGAAAACAAUGUCGUUCGGCUUAGACGAUGUCGACUUGGCCACGCUCAAGGAUCCAGCCGGCAUUUUUGAACUGGUCGAAGUCGUUGGCAAUGGAACGUAUGGCCAAGUUCAUAAGGGGCGGCACAACAAGACAGGGCAGCUCGCUGCAAUCAAGAUUAUGGACGUCACCGAGGAUGAAGAAGAAGAAAUAAGAUUGGAGAUCAAUGUUCUUAGAAAGUAUUCCAACCACCGGAAUAUCGCUACUUAUUACGGUGCGUUCAUCAAGAAAGGUUUUCCAGGACAGGAGGAUCAGUUAUGGCUUGUGAUGGAGUUUUGUGGCGCGGGUUCAAUUACUGAUCUUGUCAAAACGAGCAAAAACAAGACGCUCAAAGAGGAAUGGAUAGCAUUUAUAUGCAGAGAGGUUUUAAAUGGUGUUAGCCAUCUGCAUCAGAAUCGAGUUAUCCACAGAGACAUCAAGGGACAAAAUGUUCUGCUUACAGAUAACGCUGAAGUCAAACUUGUUGACUUUGGGGUAAGUGCUCAACUAGACAGAACGAUUGGAAGACGUAACACGUUCAUUGGAACACCGUAUUGGAUGGCACCAGAGGUAAUCGUCUGCGACGAGCAACCGGAUGCAACAUACGACAAUAGGUGUGAUCUCUGGUCAAUUGGUAUCACAGCUAUUGAGAUGGCGGAAUCCGCCCCACCGCUUUGUGACAUGCAUCCGAUGCGGGCGCUCUUUUUAAUCCCCCGAAGUGAUCCACCGAGGUUAAAGUCAAAGAAAGCGUGGUCAAAACGAUUUCACAACUUCACACAGACCUGUUUAUUAAAAGACUAUCACAGAAGACCAACGGCCGACCAGCUUUUACAACAUGAAUUUGUUCGGGAUAUGAAAAGCAACGAGAGAAAGAUUCGAAUCGAACUGAAAGACUUCAUUGACAGAAUGAGAAAGAGGCGAAUUGAUCCCGAGGAUGACUUCACUUUCUCAGCAAGCGACGAAGAAGAUGACACACAACUAGCAAGAGCGAUUGCUGAUGACAUGGGAAUUAGGACCGGCGCUGAGUCAUCGACGUUGCGACGGAAUUUGACGUUAAUGCAAGGUGGAAGUUAUAACGUGGAUGUUCCAGGUCUUCAAGCUGAACCGCGGCGUCACUCAAGACACGGAAGCAGCAGUGCACAAAUUGAUCAAGAUGAAGACAGUGGCAUGGAUUAUAACGACAGGACGUUAGAUGGCAAGAGAUCAAAGGACACCAGAGAGGAAUACUCAGACGAUACCUUAACAAUCACGAGAAAACUUCAAAGUACACGCCUGGAUGAUCCUACACUAGUGAUUAAAGAUGGAGAUGACGAUUCAAUAUCUGGUUCGUCGUCGACAAGCUUCGGAGAGACAAGCAGCGGACCAUCUCGAAGUUCGUUUGUUGGUAGUUUGCCUGACGUUCUGCCAGAAAGACAACAAAAAGAACUAAAGGAAAAAGAGAAGAAGUUGAAAAAGUCGAAGGCGAAAGAUGACGCUGAUAAUAAUUCUAUAUCGGAUGAAUCUAUUACGUCAUCAUCCGUGAAUCUGGACGACAAGAAAGGCAGAAAGGCCUCCAAAUCGUUCGUCUUUGGUAGCAAACAACAAGUUCCAGCAGAGGUCUCCGUGAAUGUCACACCCGAGAGAACGCUAUCCCAGUACGACGACUCAACAAUGCCACAAAUUGGUAAAUAUAAAUACAAGUUCCGAACCGAAAUUCUUUGUGGCGCGCUGUGGGGUGUCAACCUACUGAUCGGUACGGAAAAUGGCCUAUAUUUGCUCGACCGAAGCGGCAACGGCAAAGUUUUCACAAUGGUGUCUAGAAGAAGAUUCGAGCAGAUCGAUGUGUUGGAAGGCAUUAACGUUUUGACGAGCAUAAGCGGAAAGACAAACAAGUUACGAGUAUAUUAUUUAUCAUGGCUGAAAAACAAGAUUGUCAAAGGGGAUGAGGCGGAUAAAAGUAAACUGCGUGGGUAUGUUACCGUCGGUGAAUUUGAAGGCUGCACUCAUUACAAAGUUGUAAACUUCCACCGGAUAAAGUUCUUGUCCAUUGCUGUGCAAGACAGAAUCGAGGUGUACGCAUGGGCGCCAAAACCGUAUCACAAGUUUAUGGCUUUCAAGUCGUUCACGAAUCUUGUUCCCAGACCUGUGAAAGUAAAUAUGACGGUUGAAAAUGACCAAAGCAGGCUAAAAGUUAUCUAUGCCUCAGAGAGUGGUUUCCAUGGUGUGGAUCUGGACUCUGCGUCUGUCUAUGAUCUGUACAUUCCAUCGCACUUGACAGAGCGCUUCGAGGCACAUGCCAUUAUCCCUCUUCCAGAAUCAAACGGACGAGAGUUACUUGUUUGCUUCAACAACGAAGGUGUUUACGUCAACAAUUCUGGUAGUUUAGUAAAACAUGCCGUGAUGCAGUGGGGUGAAACUCCUUAUGCUGUUGCUCAUGUUGGCACCGGUCAAGUGAUGGGCUGGGGAGAGAAAGCAAUCGAAGUUCGCUCCGUGCAAACAGGACAGCUAGAUGGGGUUUUUAUGCAUAAAAGAGUACAAGCAUUCACAUUUCUGUGCGAAAGAAACGAAAAGAUUUUCUUCGCCUCGAAGACCAGCGCAAGCUCUCAAGUGUAUUACAUGACGCUGAGCAAGAGCUUCAAAAAUUUCCACUGUUAGUCUGCAAGACUAUCGUCCGUAGAAAGAUUGUUCCCACCAUUCUCCCAGUGGCAGGGUCUACACCGUUUCCACGUGGGCCACAUGGAGGAGAAGACUCAUUAAAAAUGAAGGACAAUCACUCAUUCGUAACUAUAUAUGAUAUAUCGAGUAGACGUACGAGUAUAUAGAGACUGCGAACGUUUCAGAACAGCGUUCCAUUCCAGCAGAUACAGCGACAGUAUUUACACUACCGCACAUCCCGGUUUUACGCAAUCACACAACUGGUGUACGAGUGGUAGUGAUUCCUGCGACGUUUUUGACGCUGAAAUUUUUGCUACACGCUACACGAUCCUUGUUUUGAAAGCAAUAGUCAAGUGGAGAAAUUAACUAUAAGUUAUUCGUUAAAGGAAUUAUUACAUCGUUUCGGAUUCAUUUUAUGCCUGUAUAAAGUAAUAUUUUAACAUGCAUGCAUACGUGGAGGUCAUUGGCGCUUAGCAUUCCACGUUAGUGCGAUAAACGAAUGUAUAGAAUUAUAUUGAUUUAAGGCUCCUCACCACUCAGUAUUUCAAAAGUUCGCCUCAGUAAACCCUGGGUUAACGCAAAUCGUCAGGCAAACUUUCCUGUAGCUUGUACUUUAAAGUUUCCCACCUUUUUUUUAAUUAGUGCAUGGAGCAUCAGGAAUUCCAUGUUAGGAAAUACGUUUUCUGGUCAAAUUUUACUAUUAAUAAUGGUCUAAACCUAAAUACAGUAUUGAUCAGUGGCAGUCGGACAGUUCGAGUUUUAGAAAAGUUGGGUUUUAUGAACUUGAAAAUAUUUUUUUAGAGUAGCAAUAAAGACUAUAAUUGUAGUAUUCUUAAUAAAUUUCAUGAUUAA